AUGGAGCAUAUCCUUUCCCCACUGGAAUGCCUGCUUCCCACUGGUGAUCUGAAGUAUUGCCUCUUGAUCCUGAAUCAGCCUUUGGACAGAAGACCACUUCAUCAUCUAUGGAGCAAAGCUCUUCUAAGAGCAUGUGCUGAUGGAGGUUCCAACCACUUGUAUGAUAUCACUGAAGGCCAGCGGGAGAGCUUCUUACCCGAGUACAUCAGUGGAGAUUUUGAUUCUAUUAGGCCUGAAGUCAAAGAGUAUUACCAAGUCAAGGGAUGUGAGCUUGUUAAAACCCCUGAUCAAAAUUACACCGAUUUUACGAAAUGCCUUCACGUCCUACAGAAGAAGAUAGUAGACAAAGAUCUCCAGGUGGACAUGAUUGUGACACUGGGUGGCCUGGCAGGACGUUUUGACCAGAUCAUGGCUUCUGUAGAGACCCUUUUUCAUGCAACUGCCAUCACUCCAGUGCCUGUUAUCAUCAUACAAGCAGAUUCCCUCAUUUGCCUGCUUCAGCCGGGAAAGCACCAACUGCAUGUAGACACGGGUUUGGAAGGGGAUUGGUGUGGCCUUGUUCCUGUUGGACAGCCCUGUAAGCAAGUCACCACAACAGGCCUCAAAUGGAACCUCACCAAGGAUGUCCUCAUGUUCGGAACACUAGUCAGCACUUCCAAUACCUAUGAUGGCUCUGGAGUUGUGACCGUGGAAACAGAUCAUCCACUCCUCUGGACCAUGGGUAUCAAAGGUGAUCCCAGAGAAUGACACUCCAGGCUCCA